AUGUUUACAGCAAGGAAUGAGUAUGACAGGGGUGUGAACACCUUCUCCCCGGAGGGACGAAUCUUUCAGGUGGAGUACGCGCUAGGAGCCAUAAAGCUCGGAAGCACGGCGCUCGCGAUUGCAACAGAUGAAGGCAUCAUUUUCGCCUCGGAGCACCGAGUCAGUUCCCCUUUGAUGGAAUCUAUUUCACUCGAGAAGAUAAUGGAAAUAGACCGUCAUAUUGGAUGCACCAUGAGUGGGCUAAUUGCUGAUGCUCGUACGUUGAUUGACCAUGGACGAUCGGAGUGCGCGAAUCACACAUUUGUCUACAAUGAACCCAUGGCCAUACGGUCCUGUGUUGACGCCAUUGCCGAUUUGGCGUUAGAGUUCUCUGAUAUUUUCGACACAAAAAAGAAAAAAACAAUGAGUCGACCGUUUGGUGUGGCAUUAUUGGUUGGUGGAGUGGAUGAUGAGGGCCCUGCUAUCUGGUGUGUCGAUCCCUCUGGCACAAGCAUAAAGUAUAGAGCGGCAGCUAUAGGUUCUGCCCAGGAGGGCGCCGAGACAAUCCUCCAAGAACGGUAUCGUGAGGACAUGACUCUCAGAGAUGCCGAAUUGCUGGUCUUGGAGGUGCUGCGUCAAGUCAUGAAGGAUAAGAUGACCACGAAAAACAUAGAAAUGGCCCGUAUAAGUAUUGAAGACAAACAGUAUCGCGAGUAUACAGAAGAAGAGCUCUCAUCAGUGAUUCAAUCAUUACCAGAAAUUGAAAAUUAA